GCACUCAGAGGCAAAAAAACGGUAACGACAACAACAACAACAACAAAAGAGCCUGUUCCUGUGGCGUUUUUCCUUCCCCAUCACCCUACACCAGAGGUGGCUACUUUUCGAGACGGGUGGCGGAGCGGUCUCCUGUUUGUGACAUCAGUUUGCAAAGCCAUUUAGGGACUGUCCACAAAGUGAAGGGUCUGAGGAAAUUCGGGAUUCCUGUCCUAUCAUGAGAAGAGUGGACCCGCACCCCAGUGCUCCAGUGACGUCCCUCGGGCGUAACACACCCUGUGGGGGUCGGCCCGCCCAGCUUCCCCAACAAACAUCCUAAUUGUCCGGGGCCCCCCAAACUCCAGCGUGGGCCACGGCACGCUUACGACAGCGGCAGAGAAGCCGUCCCCCAUGCCGGGGCGCUGAGAAAGCAGGACGGGCGGUGUUCGUACUCCUGUUUAUUUUUGUGAAGAGGCAAAUCAUGCGCUUUGCAAUGAAAUCCCGAAGGGGACCUCAUGUCCCCGUGGGACACAACGCCCCCAAGUUACGAGAAGAAAAAUCUGCUGGGGCUCUGGCAGCCCUUUUAAGUGAGAGAGAUGGACGUGGACUUAACAGUGGUUGCUUCGGGGACUUGAGAGAGGAGAUUGACAUUCGGCUGUCCAGGGUUCAAGACAUCAAGUAUGAACCUCAGCUCCUUGCAGACGGCGAUGCGAGACUGCUCCAGCUGGAAGCCCAGGGAAAUCAGAGCUGCUACAACUACCUGUACAGGAUGAAAGCCCUGGACGCCGUCCGCGCCUCCGAGAUCCCGUUUCAUGCUGAAGGCAGGCAUCCCCGUUCCUUAAUGGGCAAGAAUUUCCGCUCCUACCUGCUAGAUCUCCGGAACACUAGUACUCCUUUUAAGGGUGUGCGCAAGGCCCUCAUCGACACCCUGCUGGAUGGCUAUGAGACAGCCCGCUAUGGGACGGGGGUCUUUGGGCAGAGUGAGUACCUGCGCUACCAGGAGGCCCUGAGUGAGCUGGCCGCCGUAGUCAAAGCACGAAGCGGGAGCUCUCAGAGACAGCACCAGUCAGCCGCCAAAGACCUAACCCAGUCUCCUGAAGUCUCCCCGACAACCAUCCAGGUGACCUACCUCCCUUCCAGUCAGAAGAGUAAACGUGCCAAGCACUUUCUUGAACUGAAGAGCUUUAAGGACAACUAUAACACACUGGAAAGUACUCUGUGACGGGCUGACGGACACUGCUCCUGCUGCUGGUGGCCUCAGGUCAUCUGGCCAGUGGGCGCCGGUCAGCCGAAGUCCCACUUCGUCCAGAGCUCGUAGGGUUCACGCCUAGAGGAUCAUUCUCCAACCUGUUCUUACGGCCAGUUUCAGAGAAUUGGUUAGGACUUGAUUUUCCCUUGGUAGCACUUUUUUCUGGAGUUGAAUUCAGAUGUUUUAAUGUUUCCAUCAUGGCUUCCUUAAAAAUCCUCACUUGGUUUUGA